AUGCCGCGGCGUGUCGUCACUCAGCGCAGCACUGACGACUGGGCGCAGCAAGGCGAGAGUGGCGCGUAUUACAGUGGCGGCGAUAGGACCCUGUCAUUUGAUGUGUGCGGCGGCUUCGCCCAGCAGCGCGUGGCACUGCUGUCCGGUGUUGUGCUUGCCAUGGAGCUCAACCGCACCAUGGUGCUGCCGCGCCUGCUGCUGGAUGGCACGGCACCUGUUGAUUACUACCUGGCGCUCGGCUGCCAGCAGUUUGUGGGCAACAGCGUAUCUGUGUUCAGUGCGCUGCUCAUUAUGGAGCGUUGGCAUGCGGGGCGGUUUGCCACUUAUUACAAUGGCGGCAACAUCCCGCUGGAGGCCUUCAUGCCGCUGUACCAGAUGCCCUGGGUGUUCACGUACAACGAUUGGUCGGCGGGCACCGAGUAUGAUUAUAUGGUGAAGGCGGCUGUGACCUCUGGCAUCGAGGUGGCCCGCAUGAAGCCGUACUGCAUGUACAGCGGCAGCACGUCUGCGGAGAUGUACCAAUGGUUCCUCAGCAAAGGAGUCACCAUCAUCCAGCACGAGCCAGCGUGGCGGGAUGCCCUGAUCAAGGAGGGGGCACGCCACAAGGAGCAGAACCUGGUACACUCCCACCUCUACAAGACCGGGGGCACCCUGGUGGGCACCUUCCAGCGCAUCGACAUCCCCAUCCUGCGCCAGUUUGACCAGUACAACUAUGUGCUGUUCACAGACUGUGACGUUUACUUCCGCCAGCAGAUGAAGCUGGUGGACUGGGGCACGCCGCUGCCUGAAGCGGUGGGGAUGGGCUACGAGGGCCAGGAUGUCUUUCCCUACAACGCCGGCAUCAUGCUUAUGAACAUGCCUUUCAUGAGGAAGACAAACAAGAAGUUUCUGAACUGGAUCGUGUCGCAGAGGAAUGGCCUGUACUACCCAGGCAAGUGGUAUGGUCCGCUGGACCAGGGUGCCUUCAACCAGUUCUAUGAGAAAGAGAUCAGGGGCAAGCCGAUCAGCAAGAACUUCAACGCAAUGAUGUUCCACCAGUUCAGGCCGGAUGCACGCAUCGUGCACAUGAAUGGGCCAAAGCCCAACCAUUACUUGCAGUGGCUUACAAGCGGCAAGUGCGCGUUUCGGGACAUGUGCGAGCUGGGCGUCAACAACGGCGCAUGCGAGUAUGCAAUGGAGUAUACUCGGUUUGCCCCGGGCUGGGAUGUGGCGAUCACGCUGCGCAAGCUGUGCGGCAACCUGCAGGCUGGAAUAUGGCACGCCGGAUGA